AUGGCACCGCAAAUAGCCUCCAUCCAAUCGUUCUUCCAGCCAGAAACUCCCUCUGCUCAGAAAACGCAAAAGCCAGCACCGCAGCAUCGUCGACUUUCUGAUACCGGCGAUGGCUUCUCCUCCUCCGAGAUCGAGGCCGCUCUUCACCCUGCAUUGCACAAAUGGCAGCCACGCACAACGUACAACGAGACUGACAUUGGCGAUCUGGUCCCUGGCCCAGGUUGCGUAGCGCUGAUGGGCAGGAUCGUCAAUUUCCAUCACAUCGCGACACCUAGCAAGAUGCCCAAGGCUGCCCAGGGAUGCUUGAAGCUUGCUGUCAAAGACGAUACUGGAGCCUGCUCAGUGAAGCUCUGGUACGCAAAAGUUGACUACAAUCUCCGUCUCGGCCUGCUCGUCUCAAUCUGGACACCUCACGUCUCCAACGCGGAGUCCAGCUCCUUGACUGUGCAAGACACAUCUCUCGUCACCUCCAUCUUUCCCGAACGAGACAACAGCUGCUACUUCCUGGCGCAAGAACAGAGCGAUGAUAGCGUGAUGUGCAAGACUCCGUUGGGCUAUCGCGAUGGCAAACAGCUGGAUGGGUUGAUGACGUUGAAGAGCUUUAUCGAGGGAGGUCAUGAGCUUGCGGACGGGAAGAUUCUGGUAUGUGUGAAGAGUAUUGGGGGGAGAAAGAAGUGUGAGGAUUGCCCUGCUCCAAGGACAGAAGACGAACACGGUGGGCUGACCGUCUUCCUAGUCGUCACCAAGAAAGGCCAAGAAGCUGAGAAAGUGGACGUCAACGUGUUUGACGACACGGCAGAUGCCAAACUCACCCUCUGGGGGCCCCACUGUUCCUCUCCGGCCUACUGGAAGACAUCGUACACAGUCCUUCUCGUCACGCGCCCUGGCUUAUACGGUGACGGGAGACCACUACUCUCGCUGACCAAUAAUACCCAUGUGGAUGUUGACCCGUGCAUGACGGAUGCGUACUGGCUGAGGGGCCAUGCGCAGAGAUUGACGAAGAGGGAGCAUGUGAAUCAGCCGUUUCCGGAGGGUGUGUUUGAUGUUGAGGAGGCUGCGGAGUCGGAGCUGAGGAUUGUGUUUACGUUGGCCGAUAUCGAUGAGUUUGUUCGAGCAGCACCGGCGGAGCGCUACGUCGGAUAUCUCAGCCUGACGAUUGUUGAAUUGAACAUCUACUCGCUUUAUCAACGCAACAUGCUACUGUGCACUGAGUGCUGCGGUGUCCCGAUCUUCGCCAACGCUAUCACCACAAAGUGCAAGCAGUGCGAGAAAGACUUGGUCCUGCGCAUCAAUCCGCGCUUGGUGGGACUCCUGAUAGAUGAAACCGGCGCCAUCACCUGCGGCAAGCUCGUAUGGUCUGACGACGCAUGGGGACAGCUCCUGGGCCGCACUGCAGAAGAGCUGGCUGGUUCGAAUCUGACGCUGCUGAAGUAUCUGGAGAACCGUUUGCUAUUCUUGAAGCUUGCUGUUAUGUUCGGGUGGAGUGAGGAUGUGGGCAAGCUAUGCGUUCUAAGGGUUACAAUUGUCUGA